AUGGGCCAGGACCGCGCCGAGGGCCGCCGGGUCCGCGGGUCGACCAUGGCGACCGGCAAUCCCAAGGCCUCCAUGUUCAUGCGGAUACGUCAAGCGCAGGUGACGGGGCAGUUCCCGACAUGGAGCUCUGUCCGGGAAGCCCAGCCUCGGCGCGGGACGCCAUCGGCCGCGGGUGCAGGGCGCAUGCAGCUCAUCGCGCUCCCGCCCAUCGAUAUGCUUGCGAGCGUCAUGAGCAAGACGCACCAGCGCAUGCUCAAGCAGAUCCGCCAGCUUGAGGAGCUGCUUGACGCUAACAAGCUCGUCGAGAUCGUCGUCCCGUUGCAGACGAUCUCGCGCUCGAUCGUCCCGCCCUCGGGCACCACGACCCGCAAGGACGACCGCGACAACUUCAUUCAGAUGGGUGGCCCCGAGGUGCUACUGCGCAUCAUCUACGCGAUCUUGGGCGACGACACGAUGGAGCUCUUCCCCGGCGCCCAUGGCACGUCGGCGCCUCUGCCGAACGUCGCGUAUUCGUACCAGGACGAGUCCAACACACGCCGGCGCCGCGCGCCCAGCACGGACGCAGCGUCGCAGGACAAGCUCACAGCACUCGCCGAGUCGAUGAACUUUCUGCGCGAAUUGUGCUUCAUUGCACCGGCGGUCGCGGAGCGCCUCGGUCGCGACGACCACCUCACGGUCGUCCUCUUCCAGCUCAUGAGCAACGGCCUCUUCUUCGAGCAUGCUGCAGGGCUCGUCGAGGAAAUCCUCUCGAUCCGCGAAGACUCGUUCGACCUCAGCCGCGUGCCCAACUUUCAGGGCAUCGUGCAGUCGUUCUCAACGCGGCAGCUCGCGUUCUUCUGCCGCAUCCUCGCCCUCAUCGUUUUCGAGCCCGAGGACCGCCGGCUGCUUGAAAACUCGCGUGUCAUCAAGUCGAUCGAGCUCCUCCGCCUUCGGCGCGAGCGCAUGCAGAAAACCGACAACACGGUCGACCGCAACCACGCAAUUUUGUUCCAGACGCCUGCCAUCUUGCAUCGGUUCAUGCUCGUGCUCCAGCUGCAAAACUAUUUCUUCUCCAUCAACCCGAGCUACGACCCGUUCUCACCCGAACUGCAGUCGUCGACGGACCUCGCGAUGCUCUUCUCGCUCGAGCAGCACGAGGAGUGGCACAUGUUUCAAGAACCGACGGUCCAGGCGGUGAUGGACGACGCCAUGCACGGCCGCACGCUGACCUCGGCGCCGUCGGACGCGGCCGGCUUUAUCCACCUCUCGUCGACGUACUUUCGGUCGCUCCUUGCGCGGUCGCGCCUCGCGAUGCCGCCCGCGACGCCCAACCGCAGCGACGUCGAGGUCGAGCUCAUGCUCAAGUCGAUUUCGCUCGCGCCGUUCCGCGUUGAAGUGCUUUUUGUGAUUUGCACGCUACUCAGCAGCAAGCGCAAGGUCGACUUUCAAGACACGUUUGCCAACAUGGGCCUCGUGCACGUGCUCACGCAGAUGUUUCAGCGCCUCGAGUGGAACGCACCGCCGUCGUCGCCGCCCUCGGUACACCAACCGCUGCAUGGCCCCGGGUGCGAGUGCAGCAUGGACGCAUCGCUCAAGAUUCAGUUUCUCCGGCUCAUUCACAACUUUUGCGACCGCGACGUCCAAGAGCAUGCGAACAAGCUCUUGCUCUUGACGCCUGAAGAACAGCACAGUCUCCACGGCAACAGCGUUCUGGAUCCGAUGCGGACGCAGAAGGGCCUCUUGUGCCAGAUCAUUGACGUGCUCUGCGCGCAGCCGUCCGACUCGAUCUACCGCUUCUGGCUCGCGUCGUGCGUCGAGUCGUUCUUGCGCCGCGCGUCGCCGGCCGAGCAGCUCUUUGUCGCCAAGACGCCGCUGCUCGCUGCGCUUUUGCGGGAAAUCCUCGGGUCGGGCUUCAAACCGUCGGGCUCGCUCCAGUCGGCGUUUGACCUGCUCGGCGAAAUGACCAAGAACAACGCGACGACGCUCGUGCUCUUCAACGACGCGCUCGACGACCUCCAAUUCUCCAACUUUAUGCAUGUGGUGGUGACCAACCUCGUCGACUCGAACGUGUUUGUGCGGUCGCUCCUCCUCUCGAUCGCGCACCGCCGAGAGGACAUGGCGUCGUGUCCGAGCCUCGGCCGCCUCUUUGCCUUCCUCGAUGUCAACAACGUCCGCCUCCUCCGCGACCUCAUGGGCAUUGUCAGCAUGGACGACAUCAACCACGAGAACAUUUGCUGCCUCAACACGGCCAUCGUCAUGUUUGUGUUUGAGCACCGAAAGGCCCGCCUCCCGCAUCUGCUGCACGCGCUCCGACAGCACGAUGCCGAGGUUGGCGCGAGUGCGCUCUGCGUCAACUUUCGCCACCUCCUCUGGUUCUGGGUCCAGUACUACACGCCGCGCGGCCGCGACCGCCUCAGCCUCGAGCACUCGUCCGACAUGAAGUUUCGCGAGUGGUACGACGUCGUCGCGCUCCUCUGUGCCGACGACGGCUCGGACGCGUCGCUCCUUCCAGCGGCGCCCGUGCUGCCCGCGUCGCCGUAUGCGCUGCACCACCAGCUGCGUCCUGGACGCGUCUAA